AUUUGGGUGUUUAUUUCCCAGCCAUUUUGCACAUCAGUAUAUAGCAUUUUGGUGUACAUGGCACUUAUAGUUUAAAAGGGCUGUCGUUUAACAAAUGGCAAUACCUGGCCUGCCCAACCUUUGGACUCAAGGGUAUAAAACGAAGAAUUUAUCCUCUGAUAUUUCACAGUUGGCGAAACCUACCUGCUCUCACCUUCUGCCUUACUAUACUUCAGGAACUAGACUUUGACCUAAGCUUUUCCGAGCAGGAAGUCCAGAAUAUUUGCUUUCAAGCAUUUCAAUAAGAACAUAGACCUGAGGAUAACCAGUAUCUAAAUGGAAUCCUGGAAUACUCUGAACCUAGGAAUAAAGUUUUGAAGGUUCAAUUAAGGAUUUUCUCUAAGGUAAUGUACUAUCAUUUGGCUAAUUACAAGGUGAAUUUGUAAGAGUGUUUUGGUGAUGCUUGUUUUAUAGCCAAAAUCUGUGUUGAGGCAUGUAUACGUAUAGUUUAAUCUGCAAAAUGUUAUGAACUUCAUAAAUUCAAAUUAUAGUAAAUUUCUAAAUGGAGAAGCAAUGUUCAAGUUUUAAGUUCCUGAGUGUAAAAGCAGUGUUCCUCUUUUUUUUUUGUGGGUUUUUUUCACUCUGGUGUACCACUUCUGCCACAGAUGUUCUCUUUGUGAGAAAACAAAUUUAAUUUGAACAGACUUGUAGUGUUAUCGUGAGCAGUUACAUUUUUGCUUUUUGGUUGUACGUGCUCACAUACUUCUCGCCUUUUUUUGUUUUUUGAGAAGCUUGGUGGCUAUGUGACACCAAAAGUCAUUUAUUGAACUUUAGUUUCAUAGUUUUGUCUUGAAGGCCUUAUUAAUAUAUUAGCAUUUCUACUCAAGUUAAUCUUUUAUGCUAAACUUCCUUGUCAUGACUGCUUUUGGCCUCAUUCUGUUGUGGUUUACUGACUGAUAGCAUCGUAAUCACAAGUGUAAAACAUUUUAAUGAUUAGAAACUUUUUCAUUUCUGUGAUAUUUCUUAGUGAUUUUAAAAUAUUUUCUUCUCAUAUUAAUUUGAUAAUUAUCCACUACUUAUUCUCUGUGGUUUGGUUAAUGACUGAAAAGUGAAAUAAUAAAUCAUGAUAACUCUGGUAUACCACUCCUCAUGAAAACGGGGCAGUAUUCACUAAUCAACUGAUUAAUAGUUAAUUAUUAAUUUGAUAAGGAUAUACCUAUUUUCUCAAUGUAAACCCAAAGGUCUUCAAAAUUUGUCAGCAGUUACAUUUUUGUUUUAGACAGCUUUAUAUGUUUUGAGGAUGUAAUGUGCGUGCUUUCCUCGCAAACUUGCUGACUGAACAUUUCUUACCUCUUUUUGAAAAGUUCGGUGGCUAAAUUACUUCAACCCACACAUGAUGAGUAAUGUGUAAUCAUUUCUCAGCCUUGCCCAGAAGGCCUUUGAUAAAUUGUCUACCUCACAGAAUUGGCCAACCAAUAAUCUGUUCAUAUUCUGGCAUGGAUUCUGACUGAUAAUGUUAUUACAGGUGUGUGACAUCACAGUAAAGAAUGUAUGGGGGUAACCCUGUCCAGGUUUUUCCACCAAGAAGCUUCUCCCCUGACCCACCCUCCCCGGGGUCUGGCAUGUCUCGACCCAGUGGGAAAUCGAUCUACAUGCAAAGAAAGGAGUAUGCAGAAUUAAUCAGCAGACAGCCAAACAACUUUCAGCACAGAGUGGAGCACCUGUUCACCUGUGAGGUAGAAGGCAGAGAGAUGAGCAGCAUUGAAGAUUGUGUGACCAGACUGAAGAAUAUGGACAGUAAAGGGAAAGUGUGGGGUCAGGACAUGAUCAUGCAGGUCCAGGGGAACAACCUACAGCUGUGUGACAUAGAGACCAAGGAGGUUUUGGAGUCUAUGAAUCUGAGUAGCAUCAAGAAGAUGAAAGCUGUGCUGGACAGCUGUGUGUAUGACUCCCUUCUCAUUAUCAUGGUCCAGGAAUACAGCCAAAGAGCUCCACGGGCCUUCCUGUUCCAGUGCGAGGAGGGAGGGGCUCAGGGGGUGAUAAAUGAUCUGGAUCAGGCAAUAAAGCAAGGUGGAGAGGACUCCACCAAGGAACCACAAAUGGAUAUCAGGAGACAUCUGGAAAACAUAAUUGGCCAGGGAUUUCCAGGGAGUAUCAAAAGACCAGCUAUCUCACCUAUGGCAUCUAUCCCUCCUCCCCCAGAUGAGCUCCCUUCACAGUUCAACAGUUAUGAAGACUAUGAGGACAAACGGCCUUCACCCACUAUGCCAGCUUCUAGAGAUGAACAAUACAGCCCAGUGCGAUAUGAGCAUGAACCGACUCCACCUCCAUACACUGACAUGGAUAGAAGUGCGGAAAUCUUUAACCAUGUAGCUGCUGACAUUGAGAUCUUCACAGAAAAAGUUGCUGCCGCUUUGCAAAAAAGUGAUGGUAACAAGAAAAAGAAAAAGAAAGAGAAAAAUGCAUGGAAACAAGCUGGAAAUCUUCCUUCUGUGGAGGAGUACAUAUCUUGUCUACAGAAAAUAAAGUAUGGAUUUAAUCUCCUGGGGAAGCUAGACGGUCACCUUAAAACCCCUCCUGCUUCUGAGUUUGUUCACAGUCUCUUCUCUGCUGUGGGUUUUGUGGUGGGUCAGUAUGCCCCCAACAUCCCUUCCACAGUGUUGAGUCCUAUGAUAACAGAAAAAGCCCUGCAGCUCCUAGGAACUUUUGUCACACCAGAGGAGGACCGACUCUGGGGCAGUUUAGGAGACUCCUGGAAUGUCCCAAGAUCCAAGUGGCCAAAUGGGGAUCAGAUCCCUCCGUAUUAUCCUGUAUUUUACGAUGGCUGGGAGCCCCCUCCACCUGUCCCAUCCCAGUCACCCCCCUCCAGCAGGCAGCCAUCACGGAGCAACAGUCAGCGAUUCCCACCCAUGAACGUCAUACAGAGGCCACCUGAACAGGACAACAGACCCUGGAGCACUCCACCCACUCGGUCACCAGAGCCGCCACUUUACAUGAGGGUGAUCUAUGACUUUAUGGCAAGAAACAGUCAAGAACUGAGCGUGCUGAAGGGUGAUGUGGUUCAGGUAAUCGACAAGUCCAAGCAAUGGUGGAAAGUGAAAAAUAGCCGUAAUGAGGAGGGCUAUGUGCCUCAGAAUGUUCUAGAGCCUGUUGAUGUUGAAGCGCCAACAGGUGGACCUAAAUAUUCUCAGCAGAAUAUGAGAGGACCUCCAUUUCUGGACAUGAAAUCCAGACCUGAUGAAGUCAGAGCCUGGUUACAGUACAAAGGCUUUUCUAAAGCGACAGUUCAGAGUCUUGGGGUGUUUAAUGGAGCAAUGUUGCUGGGUAUGAAACGAGAUGAUAUCAGAGCGAUAUGUCCAGAGGAAGGAGGUCGUGUUUUCUUCCAGCUGCAGAGCGUCAGAUCUACUGUUGCACUUGCCAGCGAAGCAGAAUACAGCCAGUAUGGCCCUCACUGAUAAUCUGAGCAGGCUGGUACAUUUUUGAUGGCGGGAAUCGGAACAUGUCUGGACCUGAAUGCACAAGAGCUAAAUAGAGCAUGUCAACUUUUCAUUCAUCAUCAAACAAGCCAUGGCUGAUGCCUGCAGGCUGCUCACUGUUAGAGGGGAAACAAUAGUUAAGUGACAUUACUGUUUCUAAAUGCAAAUGAUACAUACAUUCAAGACAUUCAUUUUAUUUAUUUUAUAUAAUCAAGAUUUUUUCCAUUAAACAUCUUCGAUCUCCCUGGGGUGGUGGUCACCUAAUGUUUGAGACACAACAUAAAUGUUAUGUUUAUUGCAAAUGUGAUCCAGGAGCUAGAGAUACUAUUAUAAUCUUGCUUUUAAACACCUCUGAUCUGGGCAUUAAACCACAGGCUGUUUGUCACUGAUGUUAUGUACCGUAAAGACACUGAAAGUAUUGGCUAAAUGAAAUUAACUAAAUCUGUUACUCUCUGAUUGAUCCUGACACUGUAUACGAAUUGCACAUUGUGUUGUAAUAAAUGCUGAUUAUUAAACUACACAUCAAAGUAAUUUUUGAAAAGUGUCAAUUAUGUUUUUUGACUUUGAGAACUGCUUAUGAGUGCAACCAGUCCUGUAAUAUGGACUUCUAAAUGUCUAUGACACUUCUGAGUCAAAAUAUUUUUAAUAUUUUGUUCCUGAAUGAGAGUUGGUCAAAUAUUAAAAUGUAAUCAGUUGAAGUUAUCAUCUGUGAAGAACACACACACACUCACACAAAUUCAAUGAACAUAAAAGGUUCUCUAAUUUAUUGACUGAAAAUAUAGUAUUGCAUUUAAUGCUUCACCCCCCCCCCCACUUCAUGGAAUCAAAAUAAGGUGCAACACUUGCCACUGAAUGGUUUUAAUUCAAACAAGUGCUUUUCAACUGCACUAUUUCUAUAGACAACAACUAAUAUUUCUUAUAGUUUUGUAAUAUUUUCUAUAAUCAGUGCCUAUGCCUAAUGCUUAUAAUGUGACCUGUAACAUUGGAAUGCAACUAAUUAACCUUAUAAUCGCUCACUUCCCAGAAAGACUUAAAACAGUGGUACCAAAAAAUAAUCACCACAUGUGCACUUCAACUGCAUUGAAUUAGAAGAAAAAAUCCUGUCAUUUUCACUCCUUCUUGUUUCCCCACUUUGCCAUCUUGUUGUUCACAGGAGUUUUCAUGAACUUGCUUGACUUCAUGUAUGCUGCAAUCUUCUCCAAACUCUGGCAAGGAACAAAA